AGCGGCUUUAUGAGAGCAAUCGGACCAUUCGUUUAAGGGUUUAUCUGCUUAUUCUAUUUGGUGCUUGUUUCAGAACUGAUUUUUCUAUAUACGUUUAUUAUAUUGCGGAGAAACUAAACAGAGUGACAAUGCAAUCGAACAGUUUAUAAAUCUGAGAAAAUAAAGACGCUUGAGACUUAUAUUGGGGCUUCAAUUAACACAAACGUUUAGGAAAGAGUGGAUUUUCUGGCAUAAAGUACAAUAAAACGUUCACAUAGACUACACGUUUAUAGUCACUUUACCUAAUCGCUCAUCUUUCCUUUAUAGAUGAGCAGAGACGGAAAGAGUGUCGGCUGCGCGCAGCUUCACAUAAACAAGAGCAAAUGAUCGCGCGUGCACAUGAACGGCUGGCAGCAAGACGUGCUGUGUGACGUCAUUAAGAGCGACGAAAACGCUUAAACAGAUGUUGUUUCGAGUCUGCACUUUUGUACUUUACUUAACGUGAGAAGCUGCCACAAUUUACUUCAGCACCAACAUGGAUGUGAAAGAGAAGGCAUGUGAGGCUGACAUAAAUACCAUAAAGAUAAUGACGGUAAGUAUUAAGGAGGAGGAUUGUGAAUGGGCGCCUGUACACCAAAACCAGCUGAGUCUGGACAUUAAGGAUGAGGAUUAUGAACUGGUAACUGUGGGCAUUAAAGAAGAGUCUGAGGAGUCAUCAGUCAGCAUUGAGACCCACAAACAUAAAAGUGUGGAUCCUGUCGAGCUCAAUAUGAGGUCCGAAUCGGUACAGCCUGGCACAAACAGGACUGAGGAAGUGUCGUCUGUUACAUCUCGGGAAGAUCAACCAUCACCUACACAUCAGUCUGAAGAACGUGAUAAACCUCAUUACUCUUCUGAACAUGGCAAACGAUUUUUACAUUUAACCGAUCUUCGGAGUCGCAGAAGAACUCAUGCUGAAGAGAACCCGUACUGCUGUUCUGAAUGUGGCAAACGUUUCUCCCGAAUCGCCCAUCUUCAAACCCACACAAGAAUUCAUACUGGAGAGAAGCCAUAUCGCUGUUCAGAAUGUAACAAACAAUUCUCGCAAAUCUCCCAUCUUCACAGACACACAAGAAUUCACACUGGGGAGAAGUCAUAUUGUUGCUUUGAAUGUGGAAAACGAUUCUUACAAAUCAGCCAUCUUCAGACUCACACAAGAAUUCACACUGGAGAGAAGCCAUAUCAGUGUUCGGAAUGCGACAAACGAUUCUCACGAAUUGCCAAUCUUCAGACCCACACGAGGACUCACACUGGAGAGCAGCUGUAUUGCUGUUCUGAAUGCGGAAAACGAUUUUCACAAAUCUCCCAUCUUCAGAGUCACACAAGAAGUCACACUGGGGAAAAGCCAUAUUCCUGUAAUGAAUGUGGCAGACAGUUCAAACAUAUGAUCAACCUUCAGACUCACAUACAAGUUCACGCUGCAAAGAAACCAUACUGCUGUUCUGAAUGUGGUAAACAAUUCAGUAACAGGAAUAGUUAUGAAUCCCACUCAAGAAUUCAUGUAGGAGCAAAGCCAUAUUCUUGUUCUGAGUGUGGAAAACAAUUCUCCAGCAAUGACUAUCUUCAGAGACACAAAAGAAGUCACACUGGGGAGAAUCCAAAUUUUUGUUCUGAAUGUGGAAAAAAAUUCUCUAGCAUCAGCUAUCUUCAAAUCCACAAAAGAAGACACACGGGGGAGAAGCCAUAUUCUUGUUCACAAUGUGGAAAACGGUUCUAUGACAACAGCCAUCUACUGAGACACGAAAGAAUCCACACUGGAGAGAAACUGCAUUGCUGUUCAGAAUGUGGAAAACAGUUCUCACGAAUGGCCAACCUUAAGACCCACAUAAGAAUUCACACUGGAGAGAAGCCAUAUUCUUGUUCUGAAUGUGGAAAACAGUUCUCUGACAGCAGCCAUUUUCACAAACACAAAAAAAACUCUCACUGAAAAGAAGAUAUAUAGCUCUUGUGAAUGUGUCCAACGACUCUUGUGAAUGAGCGGCCUUCAGGAUUCACAUAGGAGAGAAUCUACAUUGCUGUACAAAAUGUGGCAAACUAUUUGCAGUUAUGUUGUCCUAAGAGCCACACAAGAAUUCUCACUCGGGCUUAACCGUAUUGUUGUAAUGAAUAUGGAAAACGAUUCUUCCAUAUGAUCAGCCUGCAGACCCACAUACAAAUUGACACUAAGCACUGCAAAUUUAAGGAAGUAAGAGCUAUAGCAAUAUAAAAGAAAUAUUUCGACUAAAGAGUGAGAUUCACUCCUGUCUUGAUAGUGAAUACACCCAGAAGUUUUGGAGAGGUAAAUCCCAUGAAAAGCUAUAUUGCUUGUAUGAACAUGACAAAUGAUUCCUUUACAGGUGUAGUCUUUUAACCCACUCAUAGGAGUGGAGCCUCACUGCUGUAGUAAAUUGUUCUAUAAUAACGUGUUUAUGUGCUUUAUUGUUGUUCUUGAUUUUGAUUUAUUAUUUUUCAUAUUUGUAUGUAUUUUCUGUGAUGUCCAUAAUUAUGUAAUGUUCAUUGAAAUGUCUUGUGUUUUGUGGGUGGAGCUCCAGGAGGCACUCUGAUGUCACCAUUUCUGAGCCUUCCCAAUGGCUGUUUAGCCAGAGCAGAGCAGGCAGUUAGGAGAACGUUUAGUUUGGGUGACAUUUAGUUUUGUGAGUAUUGCUGUUUUCUUUAAAUUGUGUGCUUUUCUUGAUUUACUUUGCUUCUAUCCCUGUUUUUCUCUUCUGGAUUGUGGCAUGGGACUUGUUUGCUUAAGAUUGCCUUUUACAUGACUCCUUUCUGUCUAUUUUUGAGCUGUUUUGAGCAUCUUGCUCGCAUU